GGCCCCACCUGGAGCCCCGCCGGGCCGCGGCUCCGCCGGACGGGCGCUGCCGGCUCGGGAGUUUACGCGCUCGCCGCCGAUGAGAGCCCUUCGGCGGCCGCGCCGCGGUGGGGCCGCCCCGCCGAGCCCCCUGGGACCCGCGGCCUUGCCCCGGCACCUGCUGGAGCCGGGGCCGCGGCGGGGGGCGGGGUGGCAGGAGGGGGCUCGUCCCGGCGCUGAAAGCGGCAGCUUGUGCCCGACCGAGCGUCCUGUCAGCGCAGGGCCCGCGUAAGCCGCGCGUUGUCACCGAGAGCCGCCGCGGGGUCAGUGGGCCGGGUCGCGUCGCUUCGGGCGGGGACACAACCACGCCGCGCCCGGGGACUGUCGCAGUGGUUUUGCAGUCGCCACUGGAAUAUUAUAGAAUCACAGAAUGGCUUUAGCUGGAAGAGACCUGUAAGCUCAUGGAGUGCAGCCUUUGUCCCAGCCCUAUCAACCACUAGACCAUUUCUCUCAGUGCAACAUCCACCUGUCUCCCAAACCCCUCCAGGGACGCUGAUACGUGCUGUAGGAAGAAGUUGCAAGGGAGACUGUGCAGCUCCAGCCUGGUCUUUUAGCUUGUUAAAAACAGUGAGCCUCAUUGUCUCACGCCACACGCCAAGAACUACAGUGAGACGUUAAACUACAGGAGGACGCGUUUCUGAUUGUAAGAAAACCAAACGCCCACAACUGACAGAGUGUUACAGCUGGACCUUCAGCAGAGGCUUUCUGCAGUGCCCUGCUCUGCGUCAGAGGAACAGCCUUGGGAGGGACUGACACAAGAACGACUCGCUGUUGAGGAAACUUCCGUGAAGGCCCAUCCCAGUGCCAGAUAAAGAGGAAAGUGAAGCGACAGAAAUUAUGCCACGUUACUAAGGCUCGCGCUGGUAUUUCAAUAAAAGGGGAACCUAGAUGGAAAGAAUGUCAUAUAAAUCAUCUUUCUAAAAACAGAAACUAACUCAAAACUAAGCAAAACCCCCUCUGCCAUCGUCCUUUUUAUGAAAAUACUUGUUUUAAAGCAAGAGAGCUGCUGGGACCUGCUCCCUGCUGCGAGGGAUGGGAGGAUGGAGAAACCUGGACUGAAGCUGAACGGCAACCAGAGCUGUGUCAGACUGAACCAGGAUGGGAGAAAUGAGGUCAAGGCUGCAAGAUUGUGCAAUAAGGAGAAAUUAUAUGCAAUUAAGCUAAGUUCAAGAACUACUAGUGAGCACUUGUGGUAUCUAAUAAGGAAUGUUUGCAGUUGUCUGUUAAGUCCAUUACUGCUGAUCUCUGCUGGAACACAGCUGUGUCGGGCUGGGUUUAUUUUGCAUGCUGUAGCAUGAUGCAGCACGGCAGAGCUUAACGAGACACAGCGAUGUAAAACCUUCCCUGUGCGUUUUCGGGAUGUACAGUCACUCCCAGAACAAGUGGAAGCUGACAAAUCAUUCCUUCCAGUUUCACUUUCUGGCAAAUGUAUGAAACCUUGAGAAAUUUAUUUUGGCUGUUUUAAAAAGCAGAGUAAACCCACCGCAUUUAUUUUGUUCGUAUCUGAUGUCACAUCUGAAUGCAGGUCUCCAGAGGUGAUAUAUUAAUGUCCUAAAGCGUUGCACCAUCUGGUUCCUCUUUUGAUGUGCAACAUUUUGAAUGCUUGGUUUAAUCUCCCUGGGUUUCAGUAAAUUGUGUAAACUCGGAGGCUUGGCAGCAGGAGAUGGGCACCAUGAGGAGAUGAUUCAGUCAUCAAUAUCUAUUGGGCUUCCUUAUUGCUGCCAUUACACUUCUUUCAGUUCUACUUAGAAAUUUUGCAAGUGAAUAAUUCCUCACACCAGGAGCUGCAAGUUAGCUUUAGAAUUUGCCCACUCUGAGAUUAGCUAUGACUAAUCCAUCCUUUCCAAAUGUGGAAAAGCUAACUGGGCUUCUUUUUUCUGCCGAGAGUUGGGUGAUAAAUCAGAAAUAAAUUGCAUGUAUGUGUAACUGCAGGUGAUGACAUAAAUCACAGUUCCCUUUUUUUUCUUUCUGGACAGAAUCAGAGCACCUUGGAAUAGAUGUGAGUGCGAGACACGUUGCACCAGCUCAAGCUGCCUGGGGAACCAUGGCUGCCGCCCCUCAUCUCAACUCAGAUGCGCUCCGAGAGGUCCUGGAGUGCCCCAUUUGCAUGGAAUCCUUCACGGAGGAGCAGCUGAGACCCAAGCUCUUACACUGUGGGCACACCAUCUGCAGGCAGUGCCUGGAGAAGCUCCUGGCAAACAGCAUCAAUGGGAUACGCUGCCCCUUCUGCAGCAAAAUCACACGCAUCACGAGCUUGGCUCAGCUGACUGACAAUCUUACUGUGCUGAAGAUCAUAGACACUGCCGGACUCGGGGAAGUGGUGGGUCUUCUCAUGUGCAAGGUCUGUGGGAGAAGGUUGCCAAGACACUUUUGCAAGAGUUGUAGCUUGGUUUUAUGUGAGCCCUGCAAGGAGACAUCACACAUGCCUCAAGGACACAGAGUCAUUCCUAUCAAAGAGGCUGCUGAAGAACGUAGGAGGGAAUUUGGGACGAGGCUUGCCAGACUUCGGGAGCUCAUGGGUGAUCUGCAGAAAAGGAAGGCAUCUCUGGAGGGUGUUUCAAGAGACCUGCAAUCUAGAUACAAAGCAGUUCUGCAAGAUUACAGCAAAGAAGAACACAAGAUCCACGAGGAACUGGCAAGGUCACGCAAGUUCUUCACCACCUCUUUGUCUGAAGUGGAGAAGGUAAAUAAUCAGGUCAUGGAGGAACAAGCUUAUCUGCUGAACUUAGCAGAAGUGCAGAUAAUGUCUCGCUGUGACUAUUUCCUUGCCAAAAUAAAGCAGGGAGAUAUAGCUCUCUUGGAGGAGGCAGUAGAUGAGGAAGAACCAGAACUGACAAACAGUCUCCCAAGGGAGCUGACUCUUCAGGAGGUUGAACUCCUGAAAGUGAGCCACGUGGGACCACUGCAGAUUGGGCAGGUGGUGAAGAAGCCCCGGACUGUUAUUGUGGAGGAAUCGCUCAUGGAAACAGCAGCAUCCUCAUCGGCAUCGUUCAGGGAGCCUGACGCGGAGCAAGAGGAGGCCAGCAGCACACCCGAUUCCUCACCAGCCAAGCCAAGGAUGCCUGAAGCAGCCACCAGCAUCCAGCAGUGCAACUUCAUCAAGAGGAUAGGCUCCAAGGGCAGCCUGCCGGGGAUGUUUAAUCUCCCCGUCAGCCUCCACAUCACCCUGCAAGGCGAGGUGCUUGUGGCAGACCGGGGCAACUUCCGAAUCCAGGUUUUUACCCGCAAGGGCUUUCUGAAGGAGAUUCGCCGGAGCCCGAGCGGAAUCGACAGCUUUGUGCUGAGUUUCCUUGGAGCAGACUUGCCCAAUCUGACUCCCCUUUCUGUCACCAUGAACUGCCAUGGCCUGAUAGGCGUGACCGACAGCUACGAUAACUCUGUCAAGGUCUACACCAUGGACGGUCACUGCGUGGCGUGUCACCGCAGCCAGCUGAGCAAGCCCUGGGGCAUCACGGCUCUGCCCUCCGGGCAGUUCGUAGUGACCGACGUGGAAGGAGGGAAGCUGUGGUGUUUCACGGUGGACCGUGGCGUGGGGGUGGUGAAGUACAGCUGCUUGUGUAGCGCCGUGCGCCCCAAGUUCGUCACCUGCGACGCCGAAGGGACCAUUUACUUCACCCAGGGGCUGGGCCUCAACCUGGAGAACCGGCAGUACGAGCACCAUUUGGAAGGAGGCUUUUCCAUCGGCUCCGUCGGCCCCGAUGGGCAGCUGGGACGCCAGAUCAGCCACUUCUUCUCCGAGAACGAGGAUUUCAGGUGCAUUGCUGGGAUGUGUGUGGAUGCCAGGGGAGAUCUCAUUGUUGCUGACAGCAGCCGUAAAGAAAUCCUGCAUUUCCCUAAAGGAGGUGGCUACAACAUCCUAAUCCGGGAGGGUCUCACCUGUCCCGUGGGCAUAGCCAUCACCCCCAAAGGGCAGCUGCUGGUGCUGGACUGUUGGGAUCAUUGCAUUAAGAUCUACAGUUACCACCUGAGAAGAUAUUCCACCCCUUAAAGGCACAUCCUUAGUAAAGCCCCUUUGGGUAGCAGAGAUUCUUCCAACCUCGUUGCAGUCUUGAUGGGAACUGGUGUCAUGCAUUUGGGAAGUCUGUGCUAUAACAAAAGAGGGUCUGGCACAGAAGUUCUCAUGUUUUGUGUUCAGAAACAAAAUAGCCUAUAUGAGGGUGGUCUGCUUUCUCUUCUUCCCUUUGAUAUAAAAUGCAUACAAUAAAAAAGAACAGCCACGAGGGACAGCAUCCAUCCCUCUGGAGUAUUGGUUCCUUGCUAAAUGACUGGUCACUCCAUAAACCUCACCUUCUAUGCCACAGCUACACUUCCAGCUUCAACCACUGUGUCUUUCUUUGUGCCAUAAACACCGACUGACUGCUCUAAAUCACCUCCCCUUAGAGGACUAGAGAGGCAAUCCUCUUCUUGCUGUGGUACUCGCAAGGAACUGGGUAGCAGUUGUCUGGGCAACUACUAGAGACAGCAAUUUCUGAUUGCAGCACUGCAUAAAACGAAAUAGCCCUCUUAAACUGUGUGGAGAUGGAGCUUUACUUUCAGACUGAUGAGGGAGGGUUUUCUCUCCGUUUUUCUGGAGAUGGCCCCUGUAGUGCCAUUUGUGAACCGUGUCUGUUCAAUGUGAAGUGAGUACUGUGCAAUCAUGGGGAAAUCGAGCUGAGCCACAGAACUGCCCUCGGGUGCCAACAGGGUUUUAUCACUGCUAAGAGUUCUGUUGGGUGGAAGGGAGGGAGAAAGGGAGAGAGGGCUGAAGGAAAAAAAAACCCAUAAGGGGAAACCUACUCUUGGUAUUUACUGUUGUCUUAUAAUUACAUGUGUCCUGGAAACUGUCUUUGGAAGGGGUGUUUGGUAUCUGAUGUUUCUUGGGGAGGGGGAGGAAGGGCUGUGGGAAUAAGACUGGGAGACUGUAGCAAAUAUGAUUAAAUGUAAUGUGUUGUAUGUUCGCCUGCACACCACUCCAGUGCUGUGUUCCAUUCACCUGCACCUCAUACAUGCAAGCCCCUCACUGCUGAGGUGGGGAUGGGGAGGGGGGACCAUUUUGCCUUUAGCUUUUUAACACUUGAGAGCACAUCCAUCAGUGCAUUGCCGUUUGUUUUUCCCCUUGCACAGCAAAACACAACGUUCUUCUGAUAAUUUUUUCCUUCCAUGGCACCAGCAGGCACCAGAGUUCAUGUUCAUCAUGGCUUUGGGCCAAAUGAAGCACAAAACUGCAGCUGUGUGAACCACGGCCCCCACAGUGCUGCUCUCCUGGCUGACAAAUGUGUACCUCAGUGUGGUGCUGCUUGCCUAGAAUACUUCAUUGAAGGAAAGAUGCAUUUAAAUAGGGCACAGUGGUAGCAUGUUAAUCUGCCACAGAUAAUAGUUACACUGCAGUGCAUUUAUUUGUUGCUAUCAACAGUGUAGUUGCAAAUUUGGGGACAUGACAGACAAUAUAAACACUGAUUUUAUGGUGGCUGCCAUGCUACGGCAAAUUGUUUGCUACUUGUGCUACAACAUGUAUGCAACAGGUGACUUUUUUUAAGCUCUCCUACACUUUCCUCCAGUGAAACAGCAAAGUAAACCCUGCUUCAGAGCUGCUGCCACCCCGGGCAAUUGUUUGGCAGUUACAGGGUGUGCAGAAGCAGCGCUGGGAGCUGAUGUUGGUGGGAUUGGGGUUUUUUUUCUCCUCUCCCUGUUCUGCUCAGCACAACCACCACCUUGUGUGAUGGACCUGCCCCUCCACUGGCAUAACUUCCUAUUUCUCUCACUUUUAAUUCCCUGGGAAAAGCUUGUGCAGAAGGGAGCUGAGACAGUAGCGGGGGAGCUGGUGCUGAGGGAGCCCUGGGGAACUGAGCCCCCCUCCCCUCCUGAGCUGCUCCCUGCCUUUGCCAAAGCCACCAACCUGCACAGUUAUUUACAUUCUGUGCUUCUCUUUUUUUUGGGGUGGGAAGGGAGAGUGGCCCAAGGUAUUUAACAGGGGUUUGGGGAGCUGGUCUCAUCUUGCAUGUCAUCUUGGGAGAUGAUGACUAUUUCUGGACCCUUCUGCAGUUAAUUACACUGUAACUCUAGGCAGUUUUUCCAGUGUUACAGUAACAGCAGCUCCUCUCCUACUAAUCUCUCCAAAACCUUUCUCCUGUUUCUAAGAUCUCCAAGCAGGAAGCUACUGUGGCCCUGAAUAACUGAAGCAAUAUUAUCUAUGAUAAUAUGUACCUCUGUCAUUUUCUGUUCCAAUGGAUUAUUUCUGUUUUGCAAUAAACAUCACACUACUAGCAAUAACAUUUCCUGGAGUGCUUGAAGGGACACAUGAAAGCUGGUCUAGUAAACUGAGCAGUUGGUUACCCCAGCCUGUUGCUGGUUACACAGUUCACACAAAGCAUCUGUCAUCUGUUUCUCACUCAGAGUCAAGAAAAACAACGCUACCCAGUGAUGUGCUGGUGGGACACUGCUGUCAGUGCCCAGGGGUUAGCACCUGCAGCUCUUCUGCUCUUGGGUUUUGGGAGAAAAAAUCCCUGCUGUCCCUCUCCCUGGAUGUGCACAUCCCCUGGCAGAAUGUGCCACUGCCUGCCAGGGGGGAUUUGCAGAGCUGAUUCCUGCCGUGGUGCCCCCACACAAUGCUGGGAUCAUCUGCCAAAGGAGAUGAAAUGGAGUAAUUAGGGACUGUGAUGAAAUAGUUUCCUGCUCUCUUACCUGGAGAAAGAGCCUGUGUGGUGAUACGUGUGUGUGUGUGUGUUUUGGGUUUGUAAAGAUUGUGUAAUAAAGGAAAAAUUGAUCCAAUUAAAAGCACAUUGCAAACGG